GCUAUUGUUAACGGUGAAAUAGCUACUAGUCAACUUAUUCUUCAUGCUAAUUAUCAAAUAGCAUCAUUACAAACAAAAUAUCAAGGUUGGGAUUUUCGUAAUAAAGAAAAUUGGGGUUGUAAUAAUGAAGUUAGUCCGAUUUUUCUUGAUCGCGCCGUUGAUGGCAUUUCGCAUGAUCCUUAUGAACUUAUAUUUGUCAAGUAUAAAGGCUUACCACCAUUUGAUACCGAUCUGGAAAGACGUGCAUUAGUCUAUCAAAAAUGGUUGGUUGAACGCCCAGAAGCUAAACAAAAAAAUUGA